AUGGGGAGGAAGAACAAGAUUGAAGAUGAUUAUGUUACUGGGGUGAGGAUCGGGCAAGGAAAGUAUGGAUCUGUUUCGUUGUGUAGGUCUCUUGUUGGCGGCGCGGAGUAUGCGUGUAAGACUCUGAAGAAGGGGGAUGAGACUGUUUACAGGGAGGUGGAGAUAAUGCAGCACUUGUCUGGGCAUCCUGGGGUUGUGACUCUGCUGGCAGUGUAUGAGGAAGCUGAUUGCUCUCAUCUGGUGAUGGAAUUGUGCUCUGGGGGAAGACUUGUCGACCAGAUGUUUAGGGAGGGCCCUUGUUCUGAACAGCGGGCUGCUAAUAUACUUAAGGAAGUGAUGUUGGUCAUCAAGUAUUGUCAUGAUAUGGGAGUUGUGCACAGAGAUAUCAAGCCUGAGAAUAUUCUGCUUACUGCUUCGGGGGAAAUAAAGCUUGCUGAUUUUGGCCUGGCCAUGAGAAUUUCUAAGGGUAAUAUGUUAAACCUGUUUGGAUGA